UUCUCUUGCUAUAAAUAAUCAAAGCACACCAUCACUUCAUUUCAACACAUCAUAAAAAAAAACUUCUCCUACAAAUUAAGUCUCCGGUCAGAAAAACACGAUGAAGCUCAUCGCUGUGUUGUUGCUUGUGGUGUUAGCCACCGCCACCACCGCCACCGCAGCAGAUGCCGAUGCUCUUCAAGAUCUCUGUGUCGCAGACUAUGCUUCUGUUAUUCUAGUGAAUGGAUUCGCAUGCAAACCAGCUUCCAAUGUAAGCGCAGAAGAUUUCUUCUCCCAACUCCUAGUCAAACAAGGUGCCACAAACAACACAUUUGGUUCCUUAGUAACAGCAGCCAAUGUUCAGAGAAUCCCAGGACUCAACACUCUAGGUGUUUCAAUGGCAAGAAUCGACUACGCACCCGGUGGACUCAACCCACCUCACACUCAUCCACGUGCAACAGAAAUGGUGUUUGUUCUUGAAGGUCAAUUAGACGUUGGGUUCAUAACAACAACCAAUCAGUUGAUUGCAAAAACCAUUGCGAAAGGUGAAACGUUUGUGUUUCCUAAAGGUUUGGUUCAUUUUCAGAAGAACAAUGGUUGGGAACCUGCUACUGUUAUUGCAGGGUUUAAUAGUCAAUUGCCAGGGACGGUUAAUAUUCCUCUUACGUUGUUUAAUGCUACACCACCUGUUCCUGAUAAUGUUUUGACCAAAGCUUUCCAAAUUGGGACUAAAGAGGUUCAGAAAAUCAAGUCUAAGUUUGCUCCUAAGUAGUUGUUGGUUUUGAAGGAUUCAUGUCAUGCUUUUUUGUUUUGUUUUUAUUUAUCUUUGUUCAUUUUCAAUUUGUGUUUGGAUUGAUCAUACUAUGAUUUGUCACAGAAAAACUUCCAAGUUUUUGGAUAUUGAUUUCAUGUAUUAAUAAAAACCUAUUUGCAGCGGUA